CAGAGCCAUUUUGAUAUCCUGAAUAGUACAUGCGAAAUCAGUGCAAUAAAAAUAAGCAAAGAUACGACCGAAGUCAUGUCAGUAGAGCGAGAUCAUUUCAGUAGGCCAUACCUUAGUAAAAGUAGACAUAGCCCAUCAGUGGUAAGUUUCUCCAUCCAAUUAGGAGUUCAAAUAUCUGGAAAGCAUCUUUACCGAGGACAAUGGAGAGAUAGAGUCCAGUGCGCAGAGGGCAGACUUAAUCAGCUACCAAAUCUCUCCGCCACUAGAGACACAGGCGAAGAAAAAAGCAUGUGCCAUUUACGCUGCCUUGAUUUUAACCCUUACUUACAAGUGUAGAAUCUGGGCUCUGAAUUUAACUCAAGAUAAAACUAUGCAACUGCGGGAUGAGGUGCUAAGACGAGCGGCUGGUAACAACAAGAGGCGGCAACAUUCGGAACAAGGAAAU